AUGUCGCCGAAUGACUCAGUGACUCACCCUUUUUUCUGUUUCAUCACCGUUUCAUGCUUGCCUUCAGAAUCUUCACGUUCUGGACCAUUGGGUGGUCCUAGUGCCAGGAGUGAGAAGAGAACUGUAGCAUCUGUCGCAGAUUUGUUCCACAUGGAACAGUUGGAUGAACUUGAGGCUAUCAACCUUUCUGCGAUUAUGCUUGAACAGAUGCAUAGGGUCAAGGGUAAGUCUCAGGUGUCUGAUCUUCUUGAGCAGCUAGAAUCUCUCAAGCGAGAGCUAAAUGAUCUUACAGUAACCUUGAAUGUAAAGGAGGUUGAGAUUAGACCUGGUUCUCUGCAGAGUGCUCUCGUCCAAGGUAAUGUGCUAUACAGCUGGAAAGAUGUCGUGUCAGGGGUUGGUGAGGUCGUCAGCGUACUGAACCAAUCAGAAUGGACGAGGAUUCGUUUCACUUUGAUAAGAAACGUUUCAAAACCUUGUGUGAAUCAUUGUAAGCACAUAGUUGAGGCCAAAUAUGUUAUGUUGGGUUUUGUCAUGUACUUUUUCAUUCAUUGUCAAAAGCAGGAUUCAAGGUGUUCAAAUCCUCUCUUUGGCCUUUCUUCUUCAAUGUUAGAGAGGCUUGGUGCUCUUGAUUGGAAUAAAGUGGUCUAUCAUCAUCAAGUAUGGAGGCUUAUCACGUCUAUAUGGUUGCAUGCUAGUCUUAUUCAUCUACUCGCAAGUACAAUGGGUUUUAUGGUUGUUGCCAAACACCUUGAGCAACAAUAUGGUUUUGUCCGCAUUGGUAUCAUAUACCUAUUCUCAGGAAUUGGGGGGAGCAUACUUACCUCGUUAUUUAUUCAGAGGAGCGUCUCUGUUGGUGCUUCUGGGGCUCUCUUUGGCCUUAUUGGAGCUAAGUUUUCAGAGAUUAUUGCAAAUUGGAGCGUCUCUGUUGGUGCACUGUUCACUCUGUUGCUGAUAGUUGUCAUAAAUCUGGCAGCUGGAAUGCUGCCUCACGUUGGUAAUUUUGCUCAUAUCAGUGGAUUCAUGACUGGACUUCUCCUUGGAUUUGUUCUGCUCGUGCCUCCUCAUGUAGGGCGGGCAGAAAAUGAUCAGAAUCUUCCAGUUGUUGAUCAUGUCUACUCCAAAUAUAAGGCCUACCGAAAUGUCCUUGGACUGCUUUCUCUGAUUCUACUAGUUACAGGGUUUACAAUAGGAUUGGUGAUGGUAUUUCGAGGAGUGAACAUAUAUGAUCACUGUCAUUGGUGUCACUACCUCAGCUGUGUUCCCACCUUUCUAUGGAAAUGUGAUGGAACUUAG